AAACACAGACGUCAUGUGAUUUCUCUAUUCCGCAUCUGUGUUCAGUUUCAAACAUGUCGAUGAUUAAAACACAUUUAAUCUGUUCGGCGCUGUUUGUUGUGUUCGGUUGUGCGUUUGCAUUCCUGGGAAAUGGAGAGAAAUUCCGACGGAAGGUCACUAUAGAACUGAACCCUGGAUUGAAGCCCCCCUCCACACUGCCCCCUGGAGUCGGUCUGGUGCAUGUGCGAGCACUGGGGGACAAUGACACACUUCAUUUCUUUCUUUAUAAUCAUGGAGCCCCAGCAGUGCUGCUGGUCCACAGUAACAGCACAGAAUCGACAGUGCAGGUGGACUGGCCUGAGUUUAUAAACCGCAGUUCAUCCGGCAGCCUGAAGGUGGAGCCAGAGAGAAGCGUGCAGUUCAGCCGUGCACUAGUUUUCACUAGACUCUGGGAGUACAGUGACGUCAAUAACACGGCUGACCCACAGCAUACUGCCGAGUCAAGUUUUUACCCUCCUUACGAGCUCCAGAACUUCAUCUGGUCGGGUUUGAACGCAUCUGUCAACCAAUCCGACCACACGGUAACGUUCUGCGGAGGUGACGAAUCCGUCAGUUUCAUCAACGGCUCCCUCUGUCUGCAGUUCUCAGCGUUUGAGUCAGAAGGUCGCCCGUCGGCGUGGCCGAGCCUCCGCCAUAACGCAAACUGCAGCCAGCUCCACGUGUGGUUGGACGGCGUGACGCCGCGAGCCAAUUACUCGCGAUUCUCUCUGGAGCUCCAGACCGUUGGCGACUCUGGAUUCCAGGGACGAGUAGAUGUUCGAAGCUCCAUCGAUGAUGAAUACACUCCCUCCAUUUUUAAGGUGUCACAGUGGGUCUCGUCUCCGGUCAACACCAGCACUGUUUGGGGCUACACGCAGUGGAAACCUGUUGCGUAUCGCAAACCCAAACCUGUGUUUGAGGACGCCACACCCUGCAUGCACUCUGAACCCGUUCCCAUGACCCAGCUCCCUCCGUCUGGUCUGGUUCAGGCGUAUUUCAAAGAUUCUCAAACGUACGGGCUGAACAUAAGCUUCGGAAUCGCUGGAGACCCGUUUUACAACGCAACCAAUUACCUCAGCUGGUCUGUUUUAAUGGGCAUGGGCAAUCCACCGGUCGACUCGUUCUCCACUUUAAUCCUUGCCAUCAUGGCUGUUGGACUCGGCGCUCCACUGGUGAUCGUUAUCGUGGGUGGAGUUUAUGUUUUGAUCCGAAAGAGGACGUCGCAAUCAACGGGAUAUGAGCCAAUCAACUGAGACAUUGUGGCACAAGCUCCGCCCCCAUGCUCUUACUGACUAAUCGACAGUCAGGUGGGCGUGACCGAGACAGAGUGGCCAAUUAGAUUGUCAGUGUGCACGUUACUGAUAAACUCUAUGAUAGAUCUCCGGAUUGGCCAAUCA